AUGGUCUAUCCAUUCGACUAUCUCCAACACCGUCGUGACUGCAACUUCAAGCAAUCCGAACGCGCGGACAGAAUUCGCCGCCUCACGGCCUACAAAGGCCCCUUUUCACAACAAGACCGCCAGAUCUUGGACAAACCCAUCGAGGAACUCGUCCAAGAUGUCCACAAGACCGUCCUCCAACCCAUUGACAUUCUCAAAACCUACGGUAAGGUAGCCCUCAAGGCCCACGAGCGCACAAACUGCCUCACCGAGGUCAUGCUCGAGUCCGCCGAGAAGUGGGUGGCCGACGGCUCCGUCAACCUCAAGGGCCCGCUGGCCGGCAUCCCCGUCAGCCUCAAAGACACAAUCGUCGUCGGCGGCUACGACACCACCGUCGGCUUCAGCAGCUUCGUGGGCAACAAGACGGCCGCCGACGGGCCCGUCGUCCGCCUCCUCAAGGACGCCGGCGCCGUCCCCUACGUGAAGACCAACCUGCCCAUCACCCUUCUCAGCUUCGAGUCCACAAACGACGUCUGGGGCCGCUGCACGAACCCGCACAACAGCCGCUACUCACCCGGCGGCUCCACGGGCGGCGAGUCCGCGCUCCUCGCCAUGGGCGGACGCAUCGGCAUCGGCAGCGACGUCGCGGGCAGCGUGCGGGCGCCGGCGCACUUUUCGGGGUGCUACAGCCUCCGCUGCUCCACGGGCCGGUGGCCGAAGCUGGGCUUCUGCACGAGCAUGCCGGGCCAGGAGGGCGUGCCUUCCGUGUACAGCCCCAUGACGAGGACGCUCGACGACCUGCGGUAUUUCACGCGCGUUGUGGUGGGGAUGAAGCCGUGGGAGUACGACUACAGCGUCCACCCGCUGGCGUGGCGUUCCGAGACGGAAAAGACGUGGCUGUCCGACAAGAAGAAGCUCCGCGUCGGCGUGAUGCGCACCGACGGCGUCGUAGACCCCAGCCCGGCAUGCCGGCGCGCGCUGGAGAUGGUGGAGAAUGCGCUGCGCAAGCAGGGCCACGAGAUCGUCGAGAUUAGCCCGCCCUCACCCUACGAGGGUCUCAAGAUCGCCGCCCUCGCGCUCAACGCCGACGGGUGCCAGAUGUUCAGCACCUUCUUCCGCACGGGGGAGUGGAACGACCCGGGCGCCGCGCAGAUGAAGUUCCUGAUGAACCUCGCCAGUCCCUUGCGGUAUCUCUACUACCUCUGGGUGAAGUACGUUCGCCGCGACGAUAUCUGGGCGGGCCUCGUCCGAGACUGGCGGCCGCAGUCGGCGUUUGAGAACUGGAAGCUUGUCGCGCGGCGGGAGGCGUACCGGAACCAGUGGUUUGAGUGGUGGAACAAGGCGGAUGUGGACUUUUUGAUCACGCCGCCUAAUGCUACGCCUGCUGUGCCGCAUGACGGGAUGAAGGAUGCGUGUAGUAGCUGCGGAUACACGUUUCUCUUCAACCUGCUCGACUACACCGCCGGCGUUCUUCCCGUGACACAUGUGGACAAGGACCUGGAUCAGCUUCCCGCGGACUUCAACAUUAAGAAGCUCAAUGGCGUGGCGUACGGUGCGUAUAAGCUGUACGAUGCCAAGGACAUGCACGGCCUGCCCGUCGGCGUUCAGGUUGUAGGAAGGAGGUUGGAGGAGGAGAAGGUGCUGUCACUGAUGCAGAGGGUGGAGGAUGCUUUGGGCGAUGAAAAGUACAAGCUGUUGGACAUUGACUAA